AUGGCCGAACCACCGGCCAACGAUGCCGAGUGGGCGGCACAGAUCAAGCAGAUGAAGGAGUGGCUACCGAACAAGCCAGUCUCGCAUCCAAGCAUCCCACUGAGCGUGCACCGCACAAUCGACCACACGCUACUCAAGCUCCCAAUCGAGCUCUCCCAAAUCGACACCCUCUGCGCUGAAGCCCGUGAGUAUAACUUCGCCACCGUCUGUGUGCGGCUGGAGCACGUCGCUCGCGCCGCAGAGAACCUCAAGGACACACCGGACACGGAGGUAGCCUGCGUAGUGGGGUUCCCAGAGGGCACGCACGACACCGCGGACAAAGUGCGCGAGGCGACAGAGGCCGUGGCGAACGGGGCCUCCGAACUGGACAUGGUGAUCAAUUACCCGCUCAUCAAAGAAGGGAAAUACACGGCCGUCUGGGAGGACGUCGUGGCGGUGCGCAAGGCCGCUCCACGGCCGAUACGCUUGAAGACAAUCAUCGAGGCUGGGCAGCUGAGCGAGGACGAGCAAAUAGCCGCUACCAUCGUGUGCUGCAUGGCCGGCGCGGACUUCGUCAAGACCAGCACAGGCUUUAGUGGCGGCGGGGCCAGUGUUCAGAGUGUCACGCAGAUGCGCAUCGUGGCAGACUUAUGCGGCAGUGAUUGCAAGGUCAAGGCGAGUGGCGGGAUUCGCACCGCUGAGGAUUGUCUACGCAUGCUUAAGGCUGGCGCGGAGCGGAUUGGCACUAGCGCUGGGGUUGCUAUCAUGACUGCCCUGAACGACGGCGAAGUUCUUGAGCAAGGAGCCAGUCAUGCGGUGUACUGA